AGGGUGUUGGCGGACCAGAACCACGCCCUCUCUGGCUGACACACCCAGCCUGUUCUCCAGAAGCCGCGCUGACUCACAGUGUAACUCUACACCCGCUCCAACUCAGCCCAGGUUAGCGCAGGGGAACAGACUGGCGGCUACAAACCGUCGGAGCUCACGAGAACUGGAUCAAAACCAUUAAAGACUUCAGGAGUACCUCCACCCGGCCUCAGCAUGAACUUUUGUCUACGGAUACUUUCCCUCCUUUUGCUCAUUACUGCAACAUUAACGCAGGAUGGAUUUGAUCUCUCAGACGCUCUCGAACCAGACCCAACACCAGAAAAACCCAAAGAGCAGCCAGAGUCUCCAAAGAAAUCUGGAAGUGAUGCUCCAACACCUGCUCCCAAAAAACCAAGUUCUGGAGAUUCUGGUGGCUUUGGGUUCGACCUGGAGGAUGCAAUCAAACCUGGUGCAGGCCCCACCGAGAAACCAAAGAAACCUGGGUACAAUCCAAGUGGUGGAGGAGGAGGAAGUUUUGAUGAUUCUGACCUGAUGGGUGUUAGCAAUGAUGGUUACAAGCCUGAUGAUGGAGGACGCUCUGGAGGCCGUGCAAUGGACCCUGGCAAUCAUGACCAAGGUGGAGCUGGCCAAUCUCAAGGUUCUGGACCACUUGCAGGAAUCAUUAGUGCUGUAGGUGUGGCUCUGGUGGGAGCCGCUUCCAGUUACUUUGCUUAUCAGAAGAAGAAGCUCUGCUUCAAGCUGCAGGGAGGUGCAGAUCCAGAGAAAGGUCACCAAGGAGGUCAGUCUAAUCCAGGAGACAACCAAAUUUUUAGCAACCUACUCCGGAACAACUAGAUCCUGAACCAGAACAUGAUCCGACUUUUCAGCCAACAGCCUGAAGACGUCUUUGGUACAGAAAAGAGCCACAAAUUUCACCAACAUAUCCAGAACAAAAUGACAGCCAUCUUAUCUUACUCUGAGCUUCAGCAACAGUCAGAAUAUAAGUUUUUGUAGUGAUUUCAGGGCUUUAUGUUGAUGUGUUUUGACUUUAUGUUACUCUUGUAAACUUCAUUUUUGUCCUUUUCAUGUUUGCUAACCUGUUGGUUUCAUGCAAUGAGUCACUGCAGGAAAUCUGUUUGCUCCAAUAUCUUCCAUAAAAACCUUCUACCCAUCAGAAAAGGACGCUUGUGGCGUUGGCUUCUGUUUACUGUGGAGUAUCUAAUCUCAUCUCCCAAAUAAUCCAAAGAUGAGGAAAACAGAAGUAACCUCAGCCCCUGUCCAGGUCAGCCCACAAUGAGUCAGAACCUUGUAGUUAGCCACUGACCUGCUGAAGAAUUGGUCAUCAUUUAAGAAAAAAUAAAAAAUAAAAAUUAUAGUUUAGAGAUAAGAAGCUCAGAACAUUUAUUAUGAUGGGAGUUCUGAGACAAACAUCAUGUGUGACUUGUUGAGAUGUUUUUAGUUUUAUAAGACACUGGUCUUAAGUGUAGCUGGGUGGGAAUCCCACUGAAGGAGCUUUAAGGUAAACUGAUUGUCAUGUAACCAAGGGCUGAUUGAAAGUGCAAAUAGUAAAUGUACAGAAUUGAAUUUUGUAUGUGUGAGGGACCUUUAGAAAAACACAGAGAGCUGCAACAGAGCUUUGUACUGUUUUACUGAAGCACUUAGCUGCUAAAGCUGGAAUAUAAAUAAAGCUGCAGAAUCUCCUUAAAACAAGAAACUUUCUGGUUAUAAUGAGAAAUAACUCUUAUUCCUCAAAGUGUUGUUUCAUUGUUACAACCUUGUAUUUAAAUGGGAAGAAACUUUCUUGUUAUGAUGAGCUGCUUUAUUUCCUAGCUGUAGAAGUUAAUUACUUCUGAACGGUUUUAAAUUACUAGCCAUAGUUCUAAUGCUGCACUUUCUGUUUAGUUGAGUUUGUCUUUUCUAAACCGUUUACACUGUUUUCUGAUGGAUUUUAAACACACCAAACUAGACCUGUAGAGUAGCUGCUUGGUUAAGCUGACUAACUAGCUGCUAACAUGUUAAUAGCCAGACAAACUAGCAGGCAGUUAUAGCUAGUCGCUAACAUCUUAGCUGCAACAAAGACAUAAUGCUAAGGGCCAUUUUUAAAGGAUUGGUUUCUUGUUUUUUAGUUGAAAAAUUAAGUACUGAUACCAAAAAAUUAUGUUUUUUAUCUCACAGUUGGAUAUCUGUUUCUUAUGCCUUUGAUAUAAGAUAUAAAUGCUUUAGCUUAGUCCUUUUUGGUUCUGCUGAUUGAUAUAAAACAUUGAUGUGCGCUGAGGUUCCGCUUCUUUGUUGAAUCUUAUCUCUUUCCGUUGAGUGGUUGCUGCUGUCUGUGUUUGGUGCCUUUUAAUUUGAUAGCCCAGGACGUGUCGUUGCCGAACGUUUUCAUUAUGAAAUUCAAAAACAAGCUGCAUUUCUAUGUGCUGUAAAUAAUCCACUCCUUUAGAUUUGCGUUCUAUGACUUGUUCUGUCAGCUAUUGCUAUCAAUUUGAAGUCUGUUUUGUUAUUUUAAACAUUUGUCUGUUUUACCUACAUUGACAUUGUGCCGGUCUGUUACUGGAAUACUAAAUGCAUAAUUUGUCAUAGGAUUUUUGCUGUGUACAUGUUUUUAAUAAAGUGUUAUUGUACACUA